AUGCGUUACCAGCUCCUUGUCCUUGCUGCCGCUGGCCUUGCCGCCGCUGCUCCCCUCGACAUCAGGGGAGCUGAUGCUGAAGCUGAAGCCAUUCCCUUCUAUCCCAAGAGGGACGGUGGUUCUGAGGCCGAGGCCAUCCCAUUCUACCCUAAGAGAGGUGCCGAUGCAGAGGCAGAGGCUAUUCCCUUUUACCCCAAGAGAGAUGGCAGCGCUGAGGCCGAAGCUAUUCCCUUCUACCCCAAGAGGGACGGUGGUGCCGAGGCUGAACUUCUGCCGUUUUACCCUAAGAGAGGCGACAAUGUUGAAGCUGAGGCCAUCCCUUUCUAUUCCAAGAGAGACGGCGACGCCGAAGCGGAGGCCAUCCCCUUCUACCCCAAGAGAGAUGGUGGUUCUGAGGCCGAGGCCGAAGCCAUCCCAUUCUACCCUAAGCGAGGUGCCGACGCAGAGGCAGAGGCUAUUCCCUUUUACCCCAAGAGAGACGGUAACGCUGAGGCCGAAGCUAUUCCAUUCUAUCCCAAGCGUGGCUCUGACAACGAGGCUGAGGCAAUCCCUUUCUACUCUUGA